AGUUACGUUGCAACCGUUGAGCAGCGUCUGAGUGGCAAAGCAAAGCAGACUCUGCUCAGCACUGAAGUAUUUCACCUUGAGAUAAAGGCAUUAACACAAACGGGUAUAUAGACUACUUUCCAUAACGUUAGUCUACUAUGAAGCCAUCUCCCGAUUCAGACGAAGAUGAGGAGUUGGGAGCGUAUCAGAGGAAACUGCGAGAAAAAGCUAACCGCAGCAUCCAGCAACUCAGCACUGUAUUGGACCGAAGUUCCGAGUCGGAGGAAGUGGUGGUAGUGGACAGACAGGCAAACUCAGAUGCAGACCACAGUGUUGACGAUUCAUCGCAUCAACAACUCCAAGAGAGCGAAGCAGUAUCUCAGUUGCGGUCACUUCUGCAAAAACAGCCAAGAGAAGCAGUCAAUAUCACGCCAUCGAAAAGAAAAUCAACGCCCAAGCAGAAGUCUCCUGAGGAGUUGAAAGGCAGCUUGCCUGCCAUGCAGGAUCUAGUGCCCAUCAUUCACAAGCAGUCUGAUUACAUUCGGCAGCUGGAGGCUGAGGUCAACUUCUGUAAGGAGGAGCUUGUGGGCAUGAAACAGAGGGUGCGGGUGGUGAUUGUUGAGAAUGAGAGGCUACACGAGGAACUCAAAUGCAAAGUAGUUGCAGAGACGCUGAUGGACCACAGCACAAUGAAUCCCGUGGCCCAGUUGAGUAGUCCAGAACGGGCCAUGAAGCCCAAACCCACCCCCAGAACCCCCCACCCGGCAGAGGACAACAAGUGGAGGAGAGAGCUGGACCAGCUUAAGACUCUCUAUCAGGCUCAGUUGCAGACCCUGGAGGCACAGGUGAUGGCUCUGAAGAAGGACUUGGCGACAGCCCAGAGGGAGAGUGAGGAGGUCAAAGGUCGCCUGCGCCACCGCGAGGCCAUGAUGGCGGCGUCGGCAGGUCAGCCCCAGGUGGGGGGGCUGUGUUUGCGUUGUGUCCAACAUGAGGCGGUUCUGGCAGAGACACACACCAACGUACACACGCAGGCCAUUGAGAGGAUCACCAAAGAGCGUGAUGAGCUGAUGACAGUGCUGUGUACACUUCGGGCCAGUCAGGCCGAGGCUCAGCAGAGAGAGUGGAGCUCCUACCAGCAGGUGAAGCAGGCUGUGGAGAUGGCAGAGGAGGCCAAACUGGAGAAGACUCGGGCGGAGGUGCAGUGUGAGCAGUUGCGUAGUGAGCUGUCUCGUCAGCGGGAACGUCUGGAACAGGAGCUGCAGGCCCAGCAGCACAGGAUCUCCCAGGCCAGAGACGCCGCGCGCCAGCAGGCCAGCCAAGACAAGGACCAGCUCGCCCAGACGGUGGGAAGUCUGUCUCAGAGGGUGGCUGAGCUGGAGGGGCUAACGGAACGUGCGGACCGAGAGAAGACCUCUCUGACUGGACAGCUGGAGGAGGCCUACCACAAACUGACCAAUCAGGAGGCAGACAACAGCAAGGUGUGUGGGGAGCUCCGGUACCUGCUGAGCCAAGCCCAGCUGAAGAGAGAGGAGGCUGAGAGAGACCUGAGGGACUCCAGCACCAAACACACCCGCCAGCUCCAGCUCUGUCAACAGGAAGUGGAGCGUCUGGGCGUGGAGCUGGGCGGUUGCCGGCGGCGACUGGAGGAGGCCCAGAGGGCGGGUAGCCGAGCGCAGGAGGAGUCCGUGGGUCUGGAGGAGCGGCUGGGCCGCGCUGAGCACCAACUGCACCUCACCAGGCAGGAGAAGGAAGUGUUGGAGCGUUGCCGUGGUGAGGACGUGGCGGCGCUGACCUUCCAGUGGCAGCAUCGAGAGCUCCAGCUCACCCAGCAGCUCCAGCAAAUGGACACGCAGCACGAGCGCGCCGAAACUUGACGCCAUGCUGCUCGGCGGAACAAAGCCGCUUGGAAAACAAAGGGCUGGGCUGCUUUUGGCACGGCGCGCCGCCACACAUGUUGUCUAAAGAGAAGGGGCUUCAGAGGCGCAGCAGGAAGCUCUCCUGGCUUAUGGAAUUAGGCCUUUAAUACUGCACACCACUUGCCUCUCCAAGCAGAGAAUGGCCACUCUCACAAGCUAAUUAGCUUUUUCUCUCUCUUUCUUUUUUUCUCUCCCCAUCUCUCUCUCUCUCUCUCUCUCUCUCUCUCUCUCUCUCUCUCUCUCUCUCUCUCUCUCUCUCUCUCUCUCUCUUUCUCUCUUGCUCUUUCUCUCUCUGUCUGUCCAGCUCCCUCCAUGAAUGUCUGUUGAGCUUUUUCAGUAGUUGUUUAAGACAGAAUAGCCUCUAGAUGAUAUUGGGGUGUGUGUGUCUCUCUUUCUCUCUCUCUCUCUCUCUCUCUCUCUCUCUCUCUCUUCUGUUUGUUUUUCCUCCCAGUCUGUUUGUCGUUUAAUCCCCUCUCUUCCCCCUCCUUUUCUUUCUUCUGCUGCGUUGUCUCUGUGGCCCGUGCAAACCCAGCCGUUUUCAAAGCUCACUGUCUAAUUAAGAUUCUUUAGGCAACUUUUCCACUUUCAUAAAAUCAACUUUUUUUUUUCUCUCUUU